AUGUUCUUCUGUCAACAGAAGUUGUACAUGUUCUUCUGUCAACAGAAGUUGUACAUGUUCUUCUGUCAACAGAAGUUGUACAUGUUCUUCUGUCACCAGAAGUUGUACAUGUUCUUCUGUCACCAGAAGUUGUACAUGUUCUUCUGUCACCAGAAGUUGUACAUGUUCUUCUGUCACCAGAAGUUGUACAUGUUCUUCUGUCAACAGAAGUUGUACAUGUUCUUCUGUCAACAGAAGUUGUACAUGUUCUUCUGUCAACAGAAGUUGUACAUGUUCUUCUGUCAACAGAAAUUGUACAUGUUCUUCUGUCAACAGAAGUUGUACAUGUUCUUCUGUCGACAGAAUUUGUACAUGUUCUUCUGUCAACAGAAGUUGUACAUGUUCUUCUGUCACCAGAAGUUGUACAUGUUCUUCUGUCAACAGAAGUUGUACAUGUUCUUCUGUCACCAGAAGUUGUACAUGUUCUUCUGUCACUAG